AUGUCAGACGUGGACAAGGAAUACCUCAGGACGACGGUUGAGUACAAUGACCUCCCGGACACCAUCGUACAAGCCAGUACCAACGACCAGCGGGACAUGAGGCGCAUGGGCAAGAAACAGGAAUUCACCCGCAGUUUCCGUAUCAUCACCUCUAUCGCCUUCACAUCUUGUGUAAUGGGCACUUGGGAGCUCAUCAUUACCACCUCUACUCCCGCGCUCGUCGCAGGCGGCACGGCCGGCCUGUUCUGGUCCACGAUCUGGAGUUACGUCGGGCAGGCGUUCGUCGUCUUAUCGCUAGCUGAGAUGUCGAGUAUGGCACCAACGGCGGGGGGACAAUAUCACUGGGUCUCGGAGUUUGCACCUCACAAAUACCAGAAGAUUUUGAGCUACACCUCGGGAUGGCUGAGCACACUAGCUUGGAACUCCAUGGUAUCCGUCACAUGCUUUCUCUGUGCACAGAUUGUGCAAGCCAUGAUUAUCCUAAAUAAUCCUGACUAUGUCCCUGAGCGAUGGCACACGACCCUCAUAACUAUCGGUUUCGCAGUCUCCUUCGGAUCUUAUAAUACGUUUGCCGCUCCGUGGCUUGCUACACUGGAGGGCAUAUUCGCGUUCUUGCAUUACCUCGUAUUCAUCCCACUAGUCGUCGCAAUGUGGGUGCUAGCACCCGAAAAGCAAUCAGCUCGGGCCGCAUUGCUCGAGUUCCAAGACAACGGGACCGGUUGGGGACCUGCCGUUGCUACACUCGUUGGUCAAGUUACCGCGAUGUUCACGCUCGUAGGCUCCGACGGGGCGGUGCACAUGGCUGAGGAGAUCCAAGACGCCAGCAAGGUCGUGCCACAGUCAAUGUGGUGGAGCUUUCUCGCUAACAUCCCACCGACGCUCAUCGUUCUUGCUACGUUCUGCUUCUGCCUGGGCGACACCGCGUCCGCGAUCGACAGCGCGACGGGCUUCCCAGUUAUCGACAUGUACAGCCGGAUGGCGCGCACGCCUGGCGGCGCAAUCGGUCUCACCUUCGUCACGCUCGCCCUCGUCAUGUUCAUCGGUGCGUCCGCGCAGGCGAGCACAUCACGCCAGACAUUCGCAUUCGCUCGGGACCACGGCCUGCCGUUUGCGCGAUUCAUCGGCGCGGUACACCCGCGGUACAAGGUCCCUGCGAACGCGAUCGGCGUCAACGUCGCGUUUGCGACUGUGCUGAGCCUCAUCAACAUCGGCUCGACGGCCGCAUUCGACGCGAUCCUCAGCAUCGGUGUCGUCGCGCUCAUGGCGACGUACAGUAUCAGCAUCGCGUGUGUCCUACUCAAGCGCUUGCGUGGCGAGCCGCUCGUCCAUGCGCGGUGGACGUUCGUAAAGGACGACACGGGCAAGCUCGGAGGCAGCUUCGGGCGGUAUGGUGUGGUUGUGAAUGGUGUCGGGCUCACGUACUCGCUUUGGUCGUUCUUCUGGUCAUUCUGGCCGCCGGUGAAGCACGUCCAGCCGGUGAGCAUGAACUGGGCUAUCGUCAUCUUUGGUGCCAUCAUGGGCCUGGCAGCGGUGACUUAUGUCGUACAUGCACACGAUGUGUAUGAUGGACCUGUGGCAAAGGUGGUUGCGCUGGAGCAGGAAAGUGUAGAUGAACUCUCGCAGGAAAAGGGGGACGACAGUUGA